AUGAGCCUGCUGACGUCCAACCACCAGAACGUGAUAAACGAGAUCAUGAAGAUCGGUGUCCUUGAGGCAAGGGCCAUCAGCAUCGAGUCGGCGCUGUCGAAGAUGCCGCAGCGGUCGAGUCAAGGUGACGUCACGAUGCGUAGUCAGUUCGCAACGUUCGCCCGGAGCAUCAAAAGGGACAUGGACACCAUGAGGGCCGAGGUCAAGUUCGCGAGGGCCAGCCAGAGCUACAGCGUGCACUUCGAAGCAGAGACGUGCCAGCGAGAGCAGAUCUGCCAUGUGAUGUUCGAAGCCGACAGCGAAGGAGCUGCUGAUGAAUAA